UGUGAUAUAGCAGGCCUCCCCUGCAUCUCUCCGUGUUAAGUAUCCUCUGCUCUUAUCAAUCACUCUAAGAUCUCUCCAUUCAUUCAGUUCUUCUUCAAUCCACUUCUAUGGCGAUGGCCAAUCAGGCAAGCCAUGCCUUUGAGGAAAUUCUGCCGCCAUCUGCAUCUGCAUCGUCUUCUACACCAACCAAAAAGGUAAGCUACGAUGUAUUCAUAAAUCAUCGUGGCCCUGACGCCAAAGAAACCCUGGCCGCUUCUAUCUAUGAUACCCUCCAUGGAAUGGGACUUCAGGUUUUCUUAGAUAAACCAGAGCUUGAGCUUGGAGAUUCUAUCCCAUCUGAAACAGAGAGAGCCAUGACUACGUCUUUCCUUCAUAUUGCUAUCCUUUCAACCAAGUAUGCAGAAUCUCCUUGGUGUUUGGCCGAGCUAUCGUUUAUGCUCAAAACUGGCAAGAAAAUCAUUCCCGUCUUCUACAAUGUUGACCCCAAGGAUAUCCACUGGAUUUGUCAGGGAAAAGGAAUCUACGCUGAUGCAUUUUCUAAUCCUAAAAUCAAAGCCAGAUAUACUUCAGAAACGCUUCAGGAAUGGAAAAGGGCGCUGCAAAAGGUUUCAUAUCUUUCUGGCUACAUCGUGAAGAAUGGUGAUGACAAAGCGAAAGGAGAGUUGUUGAAGACUAUCACAGAUUAUAUAAAGAAGCACUCUGAAAAGAUUUCAUUAGUUGUGGCUAGUCAUCCUGUAGGUAUUGAUGGCAUAGUACAAGACUUUGAAAGAAGUGCAUUUGACUUCUCUAAGAAAGUAAAAAUUGUUGGGAUUGUUGGAAUGGGUGGGUGUGGUAAAACCACACUUGCAAAAGCAUACUACAACAAAACAAGAUUCUCCAUUUAUAAAUGCAGCUUUAUUUACAAUGUGCGGGAUGUGCUAAAAAAAGAUUUGCAUAACACAUAGAAAAGGAUGUUACAACAACUUGGUUUCAAUGAUUUACCAUUUGAUAAUGUAGAAGAGGGAAAAUAUAUCUUAUUAGAGAAGUUGAGUUAUGCUCAGGUGUUCAUUGUUUUGGAUGACAUAGAUCAUCAAGAUCAUUUGGAAUCUCUAUUACCAAUGAAAGACAGUCUUGAAGAAGGUAGCGUGAUUAUUGUCACAAGUCGAAAAUCUGACAUUCUUAUUUCAUGGGGAAUCCCCUCUACCUCUAUUUACAAAAUAAAAGAAUUAAAUCCUGAACAUACCAUGGAACUCUUUUGCUGGCAUGCAUUCCAACAACCAUCUCCAAUGAUUGGAUUUGAGAGCCUUGUUAAUAAAUUUUCAACAGUGUGCAAGGGAUUGCCCUUGUCCCUUAAGGUAUUAGGAGGCCUAGUUCGUGAAAAGUCCGUGGAAUAUUGGGAUGCUCAAUUAGAUAAGGUCUCAAGAGUUUUGCACAAAGACAUUAAAGACACACUAAAAGUAAGCUUUGAUGCACUAGAUGAGGAAGAACGAGAGAUAUUUUUGGAUAUAUCUUGUUUCUUAAUUGGAGAAGAAAAACAAUUGGCCGUGACAGUGUGGGAUGGGUUCGGAUGGAGUGGGCUGCAUAGCUUGGAAACACUUGAGAGUAAGUGUCUGGUUGAGGUAGAUGAAAGAAGCCCCAUAAGAAUGCAUGAUCAUCUGAGGGAUUUGGGGAAAGAAAUUGCAAGGAAAAAGUCUCCCUACCGUCUUUGUUCACCACAGCAUAUUAGAGACAUCGAAAUAGAGGUCCAGGAAAACAUGCUUUGCAGAGGGAUUAGGGGGAUCAGAGCGGAAACAGAUGAGUUUUAUGAAGAGUGCAUGGAGCUUGUGAGAGUUUCAGGUACAAGGUUUAAGCGGCGACUAGAAAUCAUGAUUGUCAAAAACAAUUAUUUUACAGAAGAAUUAGCAGCACUAUCAGCAGGCCCUGUCUGGCUGAGAUGGGUCAACUUUCCGCAGACAGCUCUUCAGCCAUGGCUAUCUUUGAAGAAGUUGAGAAUUUUAGAGCUUCAUGAUGCUGACAAAUUAGAACAAUUGUGGAACGAGACUACCGAUCCUCCUGUCCAGUUAAGAGAGCUGAUAAUCUCUAAUGCCCCAAGAUUCCUGAGAUUUCCCAGCUCGAUCGGAUGUCUACAGCACUUGACAAAGAUAUUCUUCAGCUCCAAAGGUUAUGAUGAAGAAGUUCCUAUUGAAGGUCUACCUGAUGAGUUUUGCCGUCUCCGAUCGCUUGAGCACAUCAAGUUAAGAUCUAAGAAGCUAAAAUCGCUGCCUUUCAAGCUCGGCGAUUUGAGAAACCUGCGGCAUCUAGAUUUGAGUGGAUGCAGUGGGUUGACGAUUUUGCCAGCUUCAUUUAAGCACCUCAUACAUCUUCAACACAUUAAUUUAAGUGGUUGCUCCGAGCUCAGCUUCAGGUCGGACAUUCUAGAAAAUAUGACAAAGCUGGAGACUUUGAAUUUCAGUGGAUGUCUGAAAUUGCAGAAGUUGCCUCCUCAUACUACAAAUCAGGGAUCACUCAAAGUGCUUGAUGUGGGCUUCGGCAGAUUGAGGAAAUUACCAAAUAGCAUUGGCCAACUGACCAAAUUGGAAAAGCUGACAAUAGGAGGCAUUUUGAGAACUUUGCCACCUUCUAUCGAGAGUUUGUCCUCCUUGACUGUUCUUACUAUCACAAGGUGUGAUGAAUUGGAAUAUUUGCCCGAGUCUUUGGGAAAAUUGUUCUCCUUGUCUCGUCUUCGAAUUUCUCGGUGUGCAAAGUUGACAUCCUUGCCAUAUUCACUUGUUCUGCUUAUUAGCCUUCAGAGUCUGCAUAUUCAGGAAUGCCCCAUCAUGAGUUUGGAUAUUUUGUCGGGAUGGUUGCCUUCUUUAUUGUAUAACCUCAAAGAUAUAUCUGUACGAGAGACUUUUGUGUCGAGGAUAUCAAUCUCGCAUCAAUGUUGCCCCAGCCUGGAAACUCUAGAGCUUCGCGAAAACUACCAGUUAGUAGAGAUCGAUAGCUUGCCAGCAUCAAUCAAGACCAUAAAUUUGAAUGCAUGUUCAAUGCUGAAAAGUGUAGGCCGUAAUUGUGUUCUGCAACACCUGAAGAGCCUGGUUAUACAGGAUUGCGGUCAGAGAUUACAUGAGCUUCCAAAUUUCUCUCUGUCCGUUUCAUUGGAAGAAUUUCAAAUCAUACGAUCUGCUAGGCAGCUGAAGAAAAUACAAGGCUUAGAAUAUUGCAGGUCAUUGAAGACAUUGAAGGUACACACAUGUUGGAAGAUGCCAGCUAUACAAAGUCUGGAGAAUAUGGACAGUUUGAGAAGACUAGAGCUCUCAGGAUGGAAACUAUCAGCACUUGAACCUUGUCUUCGAACUAUAAAGGUGACAAUAGUUUGUAGAUACAUAAAAUUAUUAUAUGUAACAAGUGCUUACUGGUUUUUUCUUUCUUUAUUGCAGAAAUGGCCAUCCGAAUGCAUAAUAUGUACAAGGACAGCUCCUGGCGUGGACGCGGUUCUGAAGUCUUUGACCUUCCCUGGUCUCACUUUAGUUAACUCGUGCGUACGGAGAAGAGGCCUUCAUUAUACCGCAGAAAAUUUGACGGUAAAAUGCGGGAAGUGGCAUUCUUCCAAUGAGGCAAUGAUGAUGUGCUUUGUUAUAAAUUCAGAUAGCGAGUUCACCGAUGUUCAUAUGCUCAUACCUCCUCUCCUAACCGAGAAAUUGAUUUUGAGCAAAGGGACAUGGGUAUGGUUAGGUGUUUACACACAUUCUUCCCGCUUUGCAGGGAGAGAGGAAUACAUGCUAAGUAAACAUUCCUACAGCUUGAGCUACAGGACACCUCCACCAGCUAUCACUGGAGAAUACCUCGGACGCCUCAUACUUGACAUGGUGUACCCACCAGAUCAUGAAGGCCUGGGAAUGUUAGUCAUGGGUGAGGAAAAAAGAGUUGUGGAAGCUUUUUACCAGUUACUGCAACAUUUUGGGGGAAGUAUGUAACAGUGGCAGGAACCAAUUGUAGUUUAUAUAAGUUCAACUACUUUAAAUGUAUGUAAACUGAAAUUGAAAUGUUUAAGUGGAUAUAUAUAUAUAUAUAUAUAUAUAUAUAUAAUUGCAGGUCAUUUAAUUAAGUUAAGGGCAUAUGAGUAUAUGGUUAUAUAUAUGCAGUUUACUUAAUCAAGUAAAUGUCAUAUGGCUA